AUGCCUCCCAUCAAGAACAAGCCUUUGAAGCUCUACAUUUCAACUGCAGAAGGCUCUAUUGGAUGCCUUUUAGCACAAGACAACGAGCAAGGGAAAGAGCAAGCUGUGUAUUAUUUAAGUAGGCUGUUAACUCCUUGUGAAAGGAGGUAUACUCCUAUUGAAAAGUUGUGUCUUGCUUUGUACUUUGCAACAAUAAAAUUGAGGCACUACAUGCUUCCCGUUGUGGUUUACAUUAUGAGUCAAAUAGAUCUUAUUAAGUACCUGCUUUCUCGGCCAAUCAUGCGAGGUCGAAUAGGCAAAUGGUCUUGGGCUUUAAUGGAGUUCAAUUUUCAAUAUGUCCCUCAAAAAGCCGUAAAGGGCCAGGCCUUAGCAGAUUUUCUUUGUGAUCGUCCUUGCAUGGAUAUCGGCAAAGAAUCUAAUACAGGACUGAGUGCAUUUGAAAUUUCACUUAUUCCUUGGACUCUUCUCUUUGAUGGAUCAAAAACUCAAAUGGUUUCAGGCUGUGGAACUAUCAUUAUAUCUCCCCAAGGCCUGAGAACCGAGUUAUCUUUUCAGUUUGAUUUUCCAUGUACAAACAAUCAAGCUGAAUAUGAAGCAGUGGUAAUAGGCCUUGAGAUCUUAAGAGAUCUUGAGGCCAGAGAGGUAAAGGUUAUAGGGGAUUCAAACCUUGUAAUCAACCACUUGGCAGGGACGUUUAAAUGCUAUAGUGAGGAGCUAGCUCCUUAUUACAUGGCAGCGGUGCAGUUAAUUCAAGACUUUGAUAACGUAAUUGUCAAACAUGUCUCAAGGAGUACGAAUACGGAAGCGAACAAAAAGGCUACCCCUUCUGUAAGGAGAAGAGGUUUAGGCCUAGAAGUAUUUGUCUCAGACCUUCCAGUUGAAAAAGAAGAGGAGGGUAAGGAGGAUUGGCGGGAUCCCAUCAUUGCUUACCUAAAACGGCCUCAUAAGGGAGCUAGUAGGAAGGUUAAGAGAAGAGCAUUGAGUUAUGUUCUUCUUGGGGAUGAGUUAUACAAGAAAGGCCUUGAGGAUGAUUUGUUAUUGAGGUGCUUGUGCCAUACCGAGGCCAUGAAGGUAAUGGCAGAAGUCCACGAAGGGAUUUGUGGAGCACAUCAGUCCGGUAUAAAGAUGAGAUGGCUAAUUAGAAGGUAUGGUUAUUAUUGGCCUACUAUCUUAGAGGAUUGUAUACGUUUUUCUAAAGGCUGCCAGUCUUGUCAAGCUCAUGGCCCAGUACAUCAUACGCCUGCAACUGAUUACCAAGCUGUGGUGAAGCCUUGGCCUUUUAGAGGCUGGGCUUUGGAUAUAAUUGGGAUGAUCCAUCCUCCUUCAUCGAAGCAACACAAGUUCAUUAUGGUAGCUACGGAUUAUUUUACAAAGUGGGCAGAGGCCUUUCCAUUGAGAUCUGUGGAUCAACAGGAUGUGAUCAAAGUUAUGAAGGAAAAGAUUAUCCAUGGGUUUGGUAUACCGGAGCAUUUUGUGGCGGAUAGAGGCUCAGUGUUCUUUGGAGCACAAGUUCGGGCCUUUGCAAGCCAAUUCAAUAUACGGCUCUCUCAUUCAACACCUUAUUAUGCACAAGGAAAUGGUCAAGCUGAAUCAACCAAUAAGACCUUGAUUGGGAUUAUUGAGAAGAUGAUAGAAGAAAAUCCAAGGGUUUGGCAUGAGCUCCUCUCUGAUGCAUUAUGGGCUUACAGAACUUCAAAGAAAGAGGCUACAAAUGUUACUCCGUACAUGCUGGUAUAUGGCCAUGACCCCGUACUUCCUAUGGAGGUGACAGUUAGAUCGGCCAAAAUUACUUACCAGAGUGGUUUAAGAGUGGUUUAA